GGAACAGGGGACACAGGGACACCAUGGGGAUACCACGGGGACAGAGCACAUGGGAUCAUGGGGACAAGGCACACAACACCUUGGGGACAGGGCACCCCGGGCCUUGGGGACAAGGGACACAGGGAUGGGACACAGGGAAACUGGGACCAGGGCACGUGGGAAUUUGGGGACAGUGCUCACAGCACCUUGGGGGCAGCACUCAUGGUGACAAUGGUGACAAGGUGAUGUCACCACAGGGACGGGGCACAGGGGCCUGGCAGGGGCCACCCACCGGGCACCAUGGGACAGGGGACACUGGAGACACGCCUGGCACAGGGGACACGGCACAGGGGACAUCCCCGCCGCGGUGACUGCGGGCAUCAAGGAGGUGGCGUUUCGCCAUGGCUCGGUGUCACUGUCGCUGUCACCCAGCCCAAUUCGCGGGGCGGGCUCUGUCCCCGCCCCGCCCGGCCCUAUAAAGCCGCUGUCACCCGCGGGGACACGGCCCAGAGGACAAGGGACAGGAUCCCGGGAGGUGGCACAUCCGCAGGUGCCACCGGGGACGGGGUCAAGUUCGGGGACAAUCCUGCUGGCACGCGGUGUCACCUGUGCCACCUUCUCCGCCGGCCCAGCCAUGUCACACACGUCCAGAGCUGCCCUCAGGGGGACACCCCGGGGACACCGCCCGGGGGUCACGUCGGGCAACGGGGACACGGCCGAGAAUGUCAUCGACCCCGACAUGGUGGCCUUGUUCGAGGACUUCCUGGGGACAGAGAUGGCGGUGGCGUUCGGGGCGGGCCGCCCCGGGGCCCAGCCGUACCACUACGUGCUGCGGGACACGGAGCAGCAGGGGCUGUGCCUGCGCCACGGCCACCUGGUGGCCACCAGCCUGCAGGGGGCCAACGCCACCCAGGAAGAGCCCAUCAGCGUUGUCCCCAACCGGCACCUGGAGCGCCAGCGCUGUCCCCUCAUCGUGGGCAUCCGCGGUGGCACCCGCGCCCUGUCCUGUGGCACCGGCCCCGAGCCACGGCUGAGCCUGGAGGACGUGGGGCUGCUGGAGCUGUUCUCGGGUGACAAGGACAGGGCCACGCCCUUCACCUUCUACAAGACCUUCGGGGGCUCCACGCACACCUUCGAGGCCGCCGCCUUCCCCGGGCUCUUCCUCAGCACGGCCGCGGGCCCGGGCGAGGCGCUGGCCCUGGCGCCCGGGGCCACCGCCUUCUACCUGCGCCGCAAGUGACAGUGACACCCAGGGGACACCCAUGAGGGGACAUUCCUGGUGCCACCGCCUUCCACCUGCGCCGCAAGUGACACCUGGGGACAUCCGGGAGUUGGGGACAUCCAUGGUGCCACCGCCUUCCGCCUGAGCCGCAAGUGACAGUGCCACCACCAGGGACAUCCAUGGUGGGGACAUCCAUUCCCCAGUGCCACCACCUUCUACCUCUGCCACAAGUGACACCCAGGGGACACCCAUGAGGGGGACUUCAUGGUGCCAUCGCCUUCUACCUGCACCACAAGUGACACCUGGGGACAUCCGGGAGUUGGGGACAUCCAUGGUGGGACAUCCCUGGUGCCACCGCCUUCUGCCUGAGCCGCAAGUGACAGUGACACCCAGGGGACACCCAUGGUGGGGACAUCCAUGGUGCCACCGCCUUCUACCUGCGCCACAAGUGACACUGAGGGGACAUCAGGGG